UUGAAAACAAACAGAAUCCUCGUGAGUAGGUCAAUAACUUUGCGCAAUUAUUACUUGCAAAAGUUUUGUUGUUAAAAGAAUAUUUCAAAUAUGAAAGAACGUUUGAUAUCUAUUAGUGAAAAAACUUUUGUUCAAAAAGCUGUGCUCGAGUCAACGCGCGUGGAUGGCCGUUCCCUGGAUGAAUUCCGCAAAUUGCGAAUUAAUUUUGGCUCUGAAUGGGGAAGCGUACAUGUGUCAUUGGGAGAGACCCGGGUGUUGGCACAAGUCAGCUGCGAGGUGGUGACUCCCAGGGCAACCCGGCCCAACGAAGGAACUCUCUUCAUCAAUGUAGAAAUGGGUCCGAUGGCAGCCGCCCAUUUCGAAACCGGUCGCCAGUCCGAGGCUGGUGUACAGCUAAACAGAAUUUUAGAACGAGCCAUCAAAGACUCCGGCUGUGUCGAUUUGGAGUCUCUUUGCUUGGUCGCUGAUGAAAAAGUGUGGAAUCUGAGGGUGGACAUAAAUGUGCUGAACCACGAGGGGAACGUGAUCGAUUGUGCCUCGAUUGCAGCAUUGACAGCUCUGGCACACUUCAAACGACCUGAUGUGAGUCUGAACGGUGAGGAGGUUGUUAUUCAUACGAUCUACGAACGAGAUCCUAUUCCUAUCGGAAUUAAUCAUUUUCCGAUCUGUGUUAGCUAUGGCAUUUUCAACAAAGGAAAACUGGCUAUCGCCGAUCCAAACUACCUGGAAGAGCGUGUUGCCGAAGCUAAAAUCGUUUUUGGUAUGAACUCAUACGGUGAACUGUGCGGAAUACACUUGGGUGGCAUCACGCUAACCAGCUCGGAUGUAUUGCUGAGAACUGCGGCGAAGUCUGCCAAGCGGGCUAGAACUAUUGUUCAAAAGAUCAAGGACGUCAUUCAGGAAGAUGCCGAUAAACGUAAGAAAAAUAUCCCAAUCGGUUUCAGCGAGUGCAUUCGGCUUAGUGAAAUUACCGCAUCUGCCCAGGAUAGACUUUUUAUUCGUCUCAAGCGAUUCAAAUUAGACAAGACCGCCAAAAAUGACGGAACGGAGUCAGAAGAAGAUGAAGGAGACGAAGAAGAAGAAGAAACGGAACAAAAUGAAUCAAUGGAAAAUGCUGAAGUGAAACAAGAAGUCGACCAGAACGAAUCCGAGCAGGAUGAGCCGAUGGACAUGGAUGAAACGAUUGUGUCGCUAUCGGAGAAUGCGGCAGUUUUGUUGCCGAAAACUAGCAGUGAAAAUAACGCAUGGAUUCCAGAAGAUGACGUAAAACUCGAGACGGAAAUCAAACAGGAGAAAAAAUCGGCCAAAAAGAAGAAAAACAAGAAAAAGAAAAAAUCUAAAGAAGCCAUUUCUCGUAUGAAUGACAUCGAUAUUUCUAGCACUGAUGAAGAGGAAACAGUUAUGAUCACAUCGGAGGAUAUCAUUCGGUAGGCCAAAACAGAAAAAAAUGCAUUAAAACAACGUUUCAAUAAAAAUAUCAAUUCAA